AUGGAAUCGUUUGAAUGCAUUCUGAUGUCCGCUAUAUGGUUCAAAGUACUUACUGCUAUCAAUUACACCAAUCUUGUUUUGCAAGCACGGAAUGCUACAUUGGAUGUAGAAGUGACCAACAUCAAACGACUAAUUGAUGAAUUAAAAACUCUUCGAUAUAAAUGGGAUUCUUUUAUGGUGGAGAGGAAUAUCAGUAGACGAUAUGAAGCUGCAUAUGAAAUUGACGAAAGUUUUAACUAUCUCUGGAAGUAUAAUCAUUACGAAGAGGAAGAAAUUCGCAGAAGGAGUAAGGAUUUUGUGAAUAAAUACAAGGAUGAUGUUUCCAUGGAGCUGAUUGAUGAGCUUUUGCAUUUGAAAUUUAUCCAUGAUAUGUCUAAAAGUAAAAAAAGGUCAUACUUAGAUAAAGAAACCAUUAGCUACCCACAGUGUGUUAUUUGUUAUAAAGUACUAGGAAAUGACUCUAUGAAACCUUCAAAGCUUGCUAUUCACUUGAAUAAGUGCCAUCCUGAUCUCCAAACAAAAGAUACUGAUUUUUUCAAAAGAAAAUUUGAAUCACUGAAGAGAUGCAAAUUGGAUAAAACUGGGAUUAUUUACCAAACUCAACAGAAUAUAGUAGAAGCAUCCUAUAAGGUUUCAUAUAUAAUAGCACAGAACAAAAAAGCUCACACAUUGGCUGAAGAAGUUAUACUUCCAUGUACAAAAGAAAUCGUUAGAUUAUUAUUUAGAGAAGAAGCUGCAAAGAAGGUAGAUAAUAUAUCUUUAUCAAAUACUACAGUCAAACGAAGGCUAACGGAUAUUUCAUCAAACAUUAAAGAAAAUGUUAUUAAUGAAAUUAAAGAAUCCCCAUAUUUUUCUAUUCAGUUGGAUGAGUCCACAGAUUUUUUCAAUGACAAUCAAUUACAAUGGAAAUAUUUGUUUGGAAUUACUACUGAAGGAGCUCCUGCCAUGAUGGGUUGUAAGUCUGAAUUACAGACUAGGGUGAAAGAGAUUGCUCCAAAUGUAGUUGGUGUACACUGUUUUAUUCAUAGACAGGCUUUGGCAACCAAAACUUUACCAGGUAGUUUGAAAACUGUAUUUAAUCAAUUAAUCAAGUUGGUCAAUUAUAUAAAAUCUUCUGCUUUUAACACUCGCCUUUUUACAAAAUUUUGCUCUGACCUAAAUGCUGAACACAAUAAGUUAUUGUUUUAUACUUCUGUGCGAUGGCUAUCUGCUGGAAAUUUUUUGGAAAGAUUUUUCAUGCUUAGAAAUGAAGUGAAAGAAUUUUUAUGUUAA